UGCUCUCCGCCCAUAUCCCGCCUCACUUCUGACGUCUUUCCGCACAGUAAGAUGGUGGCCGGAGCUUUCCCCAUAGCUAAACUUCUCUACCUGGGGGUAAGACAGCUCAGCAAACCCGUUGCCAACCGGAUAAAAGCUGGGGCACGCAGGAGCGAGUUCUUCAAAAAUUACAUCUGCCUGCCGCCGGCUCAGUUGUACCACUGGGUGGACAUGCGUGCCAAGAUGCGGAUCAUGGGGUUUCGAGGAACACACAUCAAGCCGCUGAAUGAGGAGGCUGCGGCCGAGCUGGGUGCAGAGCUGCUGGGGGAGGCAAUCAUCUUCACAGUGGGAGGAGUCUGUAUGAUUGCUGAAUACGCCCGCCAGAGCGCCAACACACGCCAUAAAGAGGAAGAGCUGAACGACACACUGCAGAGCCUUCAGGAUCAAGUGACGCAGCUGAGCCUUACCGCUGAAACGCUGGACGCCCAGCUGAGAGAGGUCAACAGACGCUUGCUCGCUGGCCCCACCAAAUAACAGCCACUGUACUUCAUUCCUUCUAGCCAGUUAACAUGGCCCAGUGUUACGUUCUAAUGCGGAAUAAGGACUGAUCAUGAUUUCUGUCUGCAGUGUUAAAGAUGUCACGUCCUUUAUCAAAGUGAUUAUCAGUGGUCACAAUAAACUGUGGUCAUUUAGUGUAGGUUGGGCUUUAAGGGAGUGCUAACUAAGGGUUUCUUUGUUUUUUUGCAUUAGCAGAUCUGUAGAACUUCAUCUAUUCAGCUAUCAAAGAUACCAAAAAGGAUCAGCAACAACUUGGUCUAGUAACCCGUUCCAGAACCUCAACGCGUUCUCAUCUGUCUCCACUAGUCCUGGUCUGUUUUAUGCUGGAAAUAACGAGUAGGGUAGGCAUUUUAAAAACUUUGAUCAAGUCUCAACCAAUGUUCUAGGCUAGAUUCACUCCCCUCAAACUUCAUAAUUUCUACCUUUAUACCCAAAGAACAAAGAGAUAUUCAACACAAGAAAAGGGGGGGCCAAUCUGGGGUACUAGAAAGGGAUUUAAAAACCCGGGUUAGCACUCAGUUAAUGUUUGACAGAAUUGUGUGCGCUUUGAUCCUGUUUAACAUAGAACUGCUGGUUUGUGUUUUGGCUCCUUAUCAAGAAACGAAAUGUACAUUAAAGGAUUGAAUUAUUUUUUUUUA